AUGCGCAUGCACGCUAAGGCCGCUCAUGCGCGCCAGAAAGGCCCCCUCGCGGGCCCGUUAGAUCGCCUCCCCAACCCCUCUUUCCAUCACCUCUUGCCCCAUUUCGUGUCACCUCCCCGUUGCCAGUUCGCAUCGCGUCCCCAUUCCCCCCUUUUUCUGUCGCCUCCCUGUCCCCGUUUCUCAUCGCCUUCCCGUCCCCUUUUCCCGUCUCCUCACAUCACCUCCCGUUGCCAGCCCGUCACCUCCCGUUGCAAGAUCGUCCCCUCCCCGUCGUCAGCCCGUCCCCUCCCUGUCGCCAGCCCGUCCAUAUCUCGUCGCCUCCCCCUUCCCUCCCUACAGCUUUCCCGUCGCCUCUCCAUCCUGUACCCGCCGCCCUACCCUGUACCCGCCGCCCCGCCCUGUACCCGCCUCCCCACCCUGUGCCCGCCGUCCUACCCUGUACCCACUGCCCCACCCUUUACCCGCCUCCCCACCCUAUACUCGCCGCCCCACCCUGUGCCCUCCAAGCCCACCCGCCUACCUGAACCACUCCCCACCGGACUAGACCCCUCUCAACUUCCCCAUACCACACUGAACCCCUUCUUACCGCUCACAACGGCGCUCAACCACACUUGA